CUAAAAAGUUUAAACCCCUCCAAAUGCAUUUCUCCGUCGUCCAUGGCUUCCCUACUCCGAUAUUUCUGUUCCAUCCCUAGGAGGGGUCAUAAAACCGCGGCUAAUCUGAACCAAUUCCCGCAACUCCCACUGGAGAUUAGAUUCACCAAAGUAACAAUGGGCAGCGCACGGAACCUUCUGUUGCUAUCCUCGUCGCGAUUGCAUGGUCAUGGAUAUUUAGAGCACGCCCGCGGCCAGCUGGAGGAACUCUUCAAGGGGGCUAGUGUGAAGACCGUCCUCUUUGUGCCAUACGCUCUGCGGGAUCACGACAAGUACACUGCCACCGUUCGCGAUGCCCUGCAGCCGUGGGGCUAUACCGUGGAGGGACUCCACACGAAACCGGAUCCCGUCGAUGCUCUGAGCAAAGCCCAGGCCAUCUUUGUGGGCGGCGGCAAUACCUUUGUCCUGCUCCGCACCCUCUACAAGCUGCAUCUACUGGAGCCCAUCCGGGAACUAGUCCUGCGCGAAGGGUUGCCCUAUGUGGGCAGCAGUGCCGGCACCAAUGUGGCCACACGCUCCAUUCACACCACCAACGACAUGCCGGUGGCCUAUCCGCCGAGCUUUGAUGCCUUGGCCCUGGUCCCCUUCAAUAUCAAUCCGCAUUAUCUCGAUCCGGAGGUGGGGAGCCAGCACAAGGGCGAGACACGGGACGAGCGACUGGAGGAGUUUGUGGCAUAUCAUCAGCUACCGGUGCUGGGACUACGCGAGGGCACCAGUGUACGCGUCCAGGGAGAGAAGGCAACGCUACUGGGAGACCGCAAUGCCAAGCUCUUUAAGGCUGAUGGCAAUACUGAGGAGCUGACCCCUCAUUCGGAUCUUAGCUUCCUCCUGAGACAGGAGUAGAAAUACAAAGCAGAGUCACUGGAAGUUACGUUGAGUUGAGGAUAACAUCUACAUUUAUUGUACAUAAUUUUAUGUAUUAUUCUGCAAUAACAACAAUUUAUAUUCCUAAACGUAAAGUAAUUUUAUACUAACGACUAAA